AAAUCAAAAACCUUCAACAUGUCCAACAAAAGUCGACAAGAUAAAACGAAAACUCCAGCGCAAGCAACGGCUCCGCCGCCUGCAAGCAAUGAUAUCAUUCCUGGGAGAUUCACAGAAGCUGAAUGGUAUGUAGUGCACUUGAAUUAUCAGAUAAUGUAUCUUCCGAACGAACUGAUAUGCGUUGGGGAAUUCUAGCCCACACUGUAUUGAAAAAGUUAUCAUGAAGACAGGGACAUACAGUAUACAACUAAAUUAUGGAUGUUUGUUUUUCUUUCCCUUUCUUGAUCAUCAUUUAACUUGGAGACUUCAACUUACCAUCUACUAGUCAGCAGUAAAAGUUACAAAAAAUCCUCUGUUUACUUUAUUUUUAAUAUACUGCUUAACAGUAUGUAAGGCCGCUGUAUCCAAUACGAUGUCUGUAACGUAUCAUUUAAAUUAAGGAGAUGACCUCCUUGGAAUAGCUCAACUGAGCUUGCAGAGAACUCCAGCCACUAGAUCAUGUAAUAGACUUAAUAAAUUAGAGAGUAAGUGACAAAUAAAGUUUGAUUGAUUUAUUGAUACAUAUUACAUGUAACGGUAUACCCGAAUUAGAAGAUUCGGCAUGCAGAAUGAUUGUUAGAUAAAGGUGCAAUUACCCCAUUUUCAUUUAUCUUUCCAUUUUGUGAAUUUCCAGGCACCAUAUGGUGGAACAAGAGGAUGGCGAGGAAUUUGUGGUAGAAAUUGUCAAUGAAAUAGUGGAGUCCACGAUGAAGGUGCUGCAUGAUCAGUACAUUGUCAGUCAAACAUUGCCAUACACCAUUCAGGAGACAAAAAAUCUGCUACUACAGAUAAUUGAGGUAAUUAAUUUGUGUCACCUAUAGCUUGCAUUAUAUAUGUACCUUUCAUCACUCCCUGCCAUUGGGGACAUUUUUGAAAGAGACUUCCAUGGUUUGGCCUCAAAAAUUCCAUGCUGAUUAUGUAAAUCUGGAGUGUAAUAUUUUUAUCUUGUCAACAAAUCAGAUUCCCUGGCUUGAAUCUGAUUAGCUUUACAUGUACACCAUCAGUACUGAAUAUUUGAGGCCAAAAGACAGAGUGACCUAUCUCUUGGAAAACGUCCCCAGCCACUCACAACCCUCCAACUUGCGACCAUUUUGGUCGCCAUGGCGCCUAAAAUUUUGGAGCUGGCGACUUGAUUUGUAAAAAAGUCUCCCCAAACCCAAAGAGUUGGUUACCAAGUGGCGACCACGCAAAAACUUUAACUUGGAGGGUUGACUCAGAGCAAAAAAAAAGGGGGGGGUAGACAAUAUUGAACAUCCUUGUUGGAUAAAUUUAGCUGGAACAUUAUUGUUGUAUCUUUCAGUGGCAAUUUCUAGCCUGUGACACAGGAGAGAAUAAUCCAGCGUGCGAUUCAACCUGGCUUGAAGAGGAAGGUAGAUUAUCAUUUUAUUUUUUUAAACAGAUUUUCAUGAGUUUAAGUAAAGGCUGGGGGAUUUAAGCCUCUGUUUGUAACAUUUGUUCCAUUCUGGGCACCUGAAAUUAGGGAAAGGUUACUGAUGAAGGGUUCUGAAUGGUUUUGAAAGCUCUGGGUAACUUUCAGUAUUGGUGUUGAAGAAUAUUUCAGUCUGUGUAACUUUGAGACAGUCAAGUAUUAAAAUGAAGCGUGCAAGCAAGCUCUCUGGGGCGCUCUGGUGGCGGUGAAGGAAAAGUAAGGAGUGCUUGCAACUACAUGUUCACGCCUGCAAUUUGAAUAUCUCCAUCGAAAAAGUUGAUGCAAAAUGCUGAUUGACGGAGAUGACAUUAGUAAGGACUUCAUUACCCUUGGCAGGUGUUUUUGAAUGUUUUUUUACAUUCACGCUUGUUUCCCCUUUGCGCUAAUUGGUGGAAAUCUGACAGCUCAGUUGACAGGGAGCUGCAGGGGAAUUGGAGGUGGAAUUCAUGUACCAGAGACGUAGUUGCAAGCAGGCUUUUAGCCAGACAUUGAAAACUGGCCAUCCAGAAGGCAUGUUUUCCCAUAAAAUUAUAAGAGAUUAAGUGAAUCUGAGUACGUGCCAUGAUUGACCCGUUUAAAAUGCCAUUUUCGAUUUGCCAAUCAAUUCAAAACUCCCUUUCCGUAUUUUGUUGAGGCCAUCGGGGGCCUUGAAAAAGGAUAUUGGUGCUGCGUGGCAGACAUUACUAACAAGCUAAUACAGGGAAAGCUCCAUUAAAAAUAAUUAUUACAUUUUUUUUUAGAACCUGUUACCGCAGUCACUGACUCAUGGGCUCAGGGAUCUGUCCCCAUCAUGCUCCGACCUUCAUCAGCAUCAUCAACAUCUUCUGUCCAAUCAGAUCGUGAGUCAGAGCUCUCAUCUGUUGUGGAGGAAAGACCAGGGUAAGAUUCUUUUGACUUUUCUACAUAGCUUAUAGCCAAAUUCAUUGUAUCACGCUGUGUGUUUCGCAAACUUCAAAGGAAUUUUGGGUUUUUCUGUUCUGUCAACAUCUUAGCGGACCUCUUAGGAAACAAAUAAUUACUUGUGAUUGGUGCAUUUCAAUCCACUUUGUUUGUUUCUGUCUUUUAAAGUUCGUUCCUUGUGAUUGCCCUGUUUCGGGCAAUAGUCGACCAGUUUUCUUCAAAGAUUUUUCUGAUCUUUCUUAUUCUUGUCUCUUGAAAGAAUAAAGCAAUAUCUGCCUCCUGCCCUCUACAAAAAUGCUACCCAUCAUCACGAUUUCCUUCACUAUUCUUGAGCAGUCUAGAGUCAUUCUCAGUUUUGUUUUUGUGGGCCAAGCUGGGCGAGUGCGUUGUAUUGUGAUUAACAUUAACUCUGCCCCCACUCAAAUGAUUGACGGAACAGAAAAACCCAUUCGAAGUUUGCAAACGUGCAGCACGAUUCAAUGAAUUUGGCUAUAAAAAAAAUAUGAUAAAAUGUAAUAGUUAUAAUUAUUCAUUAAUUUUUUCCAUAUUUGAUUGUUUGAGUCUGUGCCUGGUGUGUCAUUGUUUUUGUUUUGUUUUGUUUUGUUUUUUAUGCCCAUGUGGUGGAUGUCAUGGCAAAAUAAUAUUUGACUGUAUUUGUCUCUGUUGCUUGACACUGGAUGCUGUUUGUGUCACACAAUAUAUGGCAUGCCAUUAUAUUGUUAAGACUUGUAAAACUUUGGGGUAUUGAAUUUUUUUGCCAGUAAAAUAUUUGAGCAUGAGAUUUCUGUCCUUUUCACUCUUGCAUAUUUCUGGAAAACUCCUCUUUGGUACUAAUGCUGUGACUUACAAUUGUAUUUUAUCCUUUGUUAAUGGUAGAGCCCCAGAACCUCCUUUUGAAGCCCUUGAAGCUUCUGCGACACCUCUGUCCAUCAACAGUCCUGCACAACUGCCACCACCAACUUCAGUGGAGAGAAAAGAGGAACAUCAAGAGGAGCCAGCCCAUACAAAAAAGGUGUAAACAAAUACUAUUUAAACAGCUCUUGAAACUCCCCUGAGUGGCAUUUUGUAAUGCGCAGGAAAAUAUUCUCCCUUCCCUUCUCCACUCCCAUGCCUACAGCUUUUGAAACCUCCCCCUCCCCACACACACAUGCACACUCCCCCCUGUAAAAACAGACUUUAAUUUAAAUUGCUCUUUCUUAUUACAAUUCAGCCAUUGAGACUGUACCAAUCCUCCCACCUAGAAAUUUCAUUUACUUCCCUUGCGAUGAGUUAUGGAAGCUUUCUUGUUUGAGUGACGUGUAUGAAGUUAUUGAUGCUGUGAGCAAUAAAUUCUAAUUCUGUUAUUUCAUCCUGGCUUUAGAUUCAAAAUAAAAAGAGAACUUCUGUACCUUUUAAACCUCACAAAGGUAAGCUGCCAUCAUUUUCUGGUGUGGAUCUUACUCCACUUACUGAUGAUUACGUUCUAAAGAAACAAGAAGAGCAAGAAGAUGAGGCCAGACAUUAUCACUCAGACACUAAUGGACUUAAAAUGUUAUCGUCAUCUACAUCAAUUCUGAAGGUACACUUUUAUUACAGAAUUCUAACAAUAAUAAAUUAUAAUUAAACGAAGGUCUAUUAAUUUUUGGUUCUAACUUUUUGAGCUUUUUUCUGCAGGCAAAACUAGUUUGAAUGUGUGUGUGUUUUCUCCCUAAGGAAGUUGCAGUUACUUUUUUUUAUUAAUUUAUAGAGCAGGGAAAGAUAAUAGUGACUGUCAUGAUGUAUUGCCUUAAGGAGUGAUUGGACGGUUGGGUGGAGGGGGUUAGGAGGUUAAGCUUAUCAAACAUUUCAAUUCCAAGAAGGAGUAGGUAGGCAAUGAGCUAUUGUAGGUAUUUUUUUCCCUCACGUGAGGAGAGGAUUUAUUUGGUCCUCCAGGGCCCAGUUGCUCAAAGGUCAAUUAGCGCUAAUCCAGAGUUAAAUUUUCCUCCGGGUUUCUUUUUCUUUUGUUGAAGAGCAUUUCCUGAGAUCAUUUCCUCUAUUCUUUUAGAGCACCCAAUCAUCAAAUUGUAGGCAAAAAGAAUUAGACCAAAUUAAGGUUUUAGGCUUUCAUAUCUGAAUUCAAAUUUCACUUUGGCCCUGGGUUAUCUUUUUACCCAGUUUUUAACAACUCGGCCCUGAUUAAGUAAGUGCGGUUCGAACUUCAAGUGUAAAUUUAUCCUCCAAAAAAGGCGUGGCAGGUCUAAUUAUUACAUAUUGUACCAAUGUACCUCUGUUGUUCCUUGGAAUCAGUCUAGGUGGGGUAAUUUUAGAAAGGGGAUCUAAAUAGACCUUGGGAGACACUGUGAACAAUGUUGUAUGAGCAGAACAGAACAAUUUUAAAACCCACUAUACACAGUUAUUUUUUUACCUGUAAGGCAAUCAGCAACACUCUUUCUUCCCUCCAUCUAAUGCAGACUCACCAACUUUAGUUUGCUAAAAAAGAACAUUAAACUUAAUAAAUUAUAAGACUAUGGGUGAUUAUAAAAUAAAUGUAACUGACUAUUCAACUUAUGAGUUAAACUACUUGGUGGCGACUGUUCUGUGACUGUUAUAAUAGUGGAGUAAAAAUGCCUGAAGAUUCAAAGUAGGGAAAUAGGAGAAAAAUUAAAGUAGUAAUUAAAAAUGUUCCUGUGACUGUAUUAAAUGCAACAGUUUAAUUUUGAUUGUGAAAUAAACAGAGCAGUAGACUGGAAAGAUUUCAGUGGUCAUCUGUUAACAGUUCUACUCCCGGUUCAUGGAGCACUAGUUACUUCAGCUCUAGUUCACAGGUAACAAAUAUUUAAAAGUGAUUCAAGCCAACUACAAUCUAAUCCAACAAUGAAUAAAUCGCUACAAUCUGUUAAAGUUAAAUACUUUUGGUUCAAGAUGUAAGCCUCGCUAGCUGUUUAAAAUCACCUAUAACUUAUAAAAAUACUUAAACCUUACUGUUAAUUAAUAUAUUGCAUUAAAUUUUACUUUUUCAUGUUUGAAGAUCACCGAUACAUCAUCAACCCAAAUAGCAGUUCUGUUAGUGGCCUGACUUUCAAUUUUAGAACUAGUUGUGACAAGAAUCUCCGCAGACAUUAAUUAUUUUUUAUUAAAGAAUUCUUAAGUUUAUGUACAAAAUAAAAGUUAGGGGAAAAAAGGAAAGCGAAAAAAAAAAUAGUUAACAGAAGAAAAAGAUAUUAAUGUGUCAAAUUAUAAAAACAAAUAAAGUUGUUUCAUGAAGAUAAAAACAUCAACUGAUAUAUGCUCAAGUACUAGUCAAACGUCUUAAACUUAAGAACAAUGACAGAAAUGAUUAGUGGUGAGAACAAAACUGGAAACUGUCUUUUAUCUCUGUAAUAAUAAUAGUCUCAAUCUGUACAGGCCCAAUAUGGAAGACCACCAGGAAUUAAGGAUGUGCUUUAUGAUGAUCGUGGAAAUGUGGUGGCUGUCAUGAAAAUUUCCCCUGAAAAACUUCCCUCACACAGGUAUGUAGCUAUCCCUUCCAGAGUUACUUUGGUCCAUCGGGGGGGAGGCUGUAUGGCUCACCUCAAGGGGAAUAAAAAAAUUUGUUGAAUCUCAAUCGUUGACUAAUAAGCAUUGUAAAAAAAUGCAUGUAAGUAUAGUAAUAAAUUUGCCCUGCCUCCCAAUGCUCUCCUCCAUCUUAGAUUUCUAAACAAACGUUUAUAUUUCCCAGACUAAAAUUUCGAAUGAUAGCAUCUGAGAUAUUAUUUCAGCAUUUUUACGGUUGGUCAAGUUGUGAUGAAAUCAUAAAUGACGUCACAGUGUCUGGUCUGUUAUAAAAAAGCAUGACAAGUAUUAUUUACAAAGUGCAACAGGUAUUACAAAGUGUAACAAUUUUAUAACAAAGCGCGAAAGGGAUUGCAAAGUAGCUCAAAGUGCUACGAUUAUUACAAAGUAAGAAAGAACAGAAAUAUGUAUAGAGCGUUUACACUCACGUGACGAACAUCUGUGCAAAUUUAUUGGAACAAAAAAGCUUUACGUUAGAAAAGAGUUCACCUCACAUAGUGUUUGUUUGGAACAUCAACAUGGCCGCCGUUUAUUAGAUGUUUUGGGACACCAUUAUGGCCGCCGUGACGUCAUGUGAGAACGUUCUAUACAAUGUAAGUCCGCGAGUUCUCAUAUCUUUCUUUUCUUCCAGAGUUCGGACAAAAUUUGCAGUCGUGGACGAUGACUUUGAUGGCCAGUCCGGACGCACCCGUGUAAGAGCUAAAAAACUGGGACCAAGUUCUCAAAAAGCAGAUCAUGGGAAAGAGUGGAAACCCUCCAAAAGUGACAUUCGUAGGCAAAAUUUUGAUACCAGCAUUGUAAAUAACAACUCAUAUCAGAUCGAAGGUACCGGUCAGAUAACACCAUUACCACCUCCCUUGGUGAGUUUGUGGUUCUUUCUUUUAUGUAUUCCCCAUUUAUGUGCUGACUCUCUUGGUGUCUCUUAGCAUUAGGAAGUGCACUCGGGCAUCUAGUAUGUCCUUUCUCCUUGUUAUAGUUGGCUCAUUUAGCAACGGAACGGGAACGUCAUUUGACGACGGGAAAGCGCACGGAAAGGUCUAAACUCGACUUCCGGUGCCCAAUUUGCCGCUCUGCCAUUGGUCAAGCCAGUUGUUUGAUUAUGCGCGCGCCGUCGUUAACUGACAUUCCCGUUAUGUUGCUAAAACUGCCUAGUGUGGGAGGAAAGGCCACUGUCUGACGUCCUUUCAGGUUUUAAUGAUUAAAAAUUCCGUUAUUUACCUUUGGCAGUAUAGUUAUAGCACUAAUGCUAUUGCCGAGCAAAUGGCUUAAACAAAUACUUCAAAUCAAACUUAAACAGGUUUAAGAAUCCCAACUGGCCGGGGACAAACCAGUUGGCUAUUUACAAGCAGGGUCGAGGAUUUGAACUUGGGACUACCGUGAACAAAACCAGCUUGUGGUCAGGGCGGGACUUGAACUUGUAUUACAACCCCAGCGCUCCAACUGCUUGGCCAUGCUGCCUCCUCUUAUUCGUGACCUUCAUCCUAUCAGGCAGAGGGUGAUCAGCAUCAAAUUUCUACUUGUAAUGUCAAUGCUUUGUAAAACAGAGUGGUCAUGGGAAUUACGGACAUGAUCACACAAGAUGAAUUUGCUUGAUAUUUUAUCAACUUCUCCCCACUACUUCUGUGGGAAAUGAAUAGGGGCAACAAAUGAGAAUUUAAAUUUUGAUCACUUAGGGUCUGAAGGGUUAAGCAACCACGACGAUGGUGACAAGUGAAAAAAGAGUCAAUAAAAAAUGAAUUGGCGUUAUACGAAACUUUAUCGAGUUUAUUUAGCUUCCUCAAUUUAUUUGUCACUGAAAAUUUGGACGACGAAUUUUCCAGGAGUUUAUUUGUAAUCAAGUUCAAAAAGAGAAAGAAAAACUCCUCGUUUUGUGUUCACGUCCCCCAUAAAACGUCGCAUUAGGAAGUGUCGCGUCGUGGAAGUGCAGUGGAUGUCAAAGAAAUGUACUAAAAAGCGUGAUGCACGUGCAGAGCUGUUGUUUUGCUCAUAUCAUAAAUUGUAUUUUGACGUCAUCGUUGCCGUCGUCCUUCGUAGUUGCUUCAACUCCCUAUUGUCGUCCUGUGCGUUGAACUCGUGUUGGCCUUCAUUUUAUAUCUGUCUGAUUUCGUUAAAACGUGGCCACUGGGUUUUCGCCUGGCGCCGGGCACAGCCCGGCCCCAGGCGAGCCCGGUGUGCAAAAAAGUAGGAGGCUUGACGUCUUGGUCGGUACAGCUGGAUAGCCCAGGGACUGCCCUUAUAGAUCAGGCCUUGCGAUCAAAACUAGUGGGGUAGGGAGGGGGCUCUUUAGACACAACCCCUUCAGUAAGCAGCAAUGUUCAGUGGAGGCUUUGACUGGCGAGUACCUUGGUCUUAAUUUGCCCUAGCCAGCUGAAUCAGGCCUCUGCUAAGAAUGAUUAUCAUGAUGAUUGCAGAGCUCAGUGGGAGGUGCAGACAGUCACCCAUUGGGUGGGGAGGGUCAAAGCCUUGGUACCAAGGACGCCCUUAGCAUAGGACCUUAAAACACUCACUGAAGCCAUGUUUUCAUAAAUCCAGUCAGAUGUAUAGACUACAAGUAAUUCAUGUUUCAGCUUGUUCCGAGCGUUAGAAAGUAGGGGCUUUUAGAUCGAACCACGAGUAAGGGGCGAAGAGAAAAACGGAGGGGAAAAAAGUGCGCUCCACUUCUCGUGGCUCUAGCAUUUCGAUAUCUACUUCAGUUUCCUUCCAUUUUGACCUACUUAUGCCGUUUUCUUUUCUUUCAUUUUUCCCUUUCAUUUCAUUUUCAUUCUAUUCUCAUCAGUUUUUAUUUGGUGUUUGUUCAGGUGGACACGAUGGAUAUAUCAGCGGGUGUCUUGGUACGGGAAGGAAAACUAAUCAGAAGAGGCCCCAGACAGGUAGAGCGGACUGUAAAUUAUGGGACCUUAAAAUUGAUUAAUUUUAUAUCACAAGCGAAAAGAUCUUUAUCUCUACUUGCACUUUCACAUUUCGACUUUCACGACUUGCACGUUCCCUACAGUACAGCUUUGUUUUCCAUUGUUUUCAAUUCCUCUUGGGACUAACAAUCGUCCGAUGUGAGAAAUGUAGAAAAAAACGUAGAUAAUAUUUUGUGGGGAAAACAAAUUGUAGUAUGGGGAACGUGAAAGUCGCAGAUACCUUGCGUACAAACCCUUGGGGGUGGGGCAACCUUGUCCAGGGCAGGGGGUAGGGGGGGACGGGCAUGGAUUGUUUCUCCCUGUUCCUUCCCCCGAUACUUGCGCGCGGGCUAUUUCCCAAUUACGAACGCGCUCUCUCUGCGAAGUUAUAUUUCACCAAGUAUUUUAAAGUGUAUGGUCUGGCUUUAGAGUUUUGAGCCUCUGAAUUGCUGCUCACUGUAUUUUGCACAAAAAAGCCCAGUGUGUCGAUCAUCUGUUAACAACUUUUGUUCUACAUUUAUUCACUUCAGGUUCCUCGCCGCGUAGAAAAGACACCUUCCACAGCCUGCCUGCAGCCACUCGAUAGCACUCGUCCCUCGGGACGGGUCAUCAGCGAACUUUUAACCCGUUCGUCGCCAGUGAUCAGACCUCUACGGAUGACGGAACCCAUUCCCCCUAUAACAUCUCAACCACAGACUUAUACAUAGUAUUGUUUUAAGACGUUCUAGCUCCACUAUGAAAGUUUACAAGAACAUUUAGCUUAGCGUUAUAUAUGAUACGUUCAUUUUAAUUCACCCACUCGUAGUGUAAAUGUCGAGUUUUCGUUUUAUACUCGAUAUUCCUUCUUGCAGAGAAAGGUUGUUGAAGUUCAGAGGUAUAAAAAUUAGUUCACCCGUCAAUAAAUGAAGUAAAUGGCCGUUCACUGCUACAAGGAGUCAAAAUAGAAAGAAAAAGCUUCCAGUGUCACGUUCUUCAAAUAUUUUAUUUUACUCGAACACCCACAAAUAGAAGCCAAAGAUGUUAUUUAUAGACGACUCGAAAGUUAGAACAACCAUAUCAUAAUAAACAAUGCAACAGCAACAUAUUGCGUCAGUGGAUUUUACUUGAAUGAUGCAAACGUUAGGAUUUUGUUCGAAAACUCAAGGAGAAAAACACCAUGUACAGCAUCAAAACAGCACCAAAGAAAGUAUUGCUCAGCAGCUUACACAUUUUAAUGAGGAAGCUUAAGCAACGACGACGACGACGGCAGUGAAAACGUCGCUAAAAAAAAUGAAUUUGCCU